UUUUUUUUUUUUUUGUCUACUACUGUUCAAGUCAGUUUAGAAUUCUAAAAAUGUUUUCCCCGCCGCCCGUAUAAUCGCGAGUUACGUUCGGGAGUAGGUAUAGGUACGUAAAAAACAAAACAUCUAUAAUAAAUAAUUAUCGAGACACAUUAGUGACCGUCGCCCCCGGGUCAUUUGCACACACAGAGUCCUUGACACUACCGUUUCCGUUGCGAGCACGCUUCCCGCCGUUUUUUUUCGUUUUCCAUCGUGCCGUAACGUCCAUUGUUGUGUCGGCGGUACAUCAUUGUGCUCUGCGACCCGUUGUGAAAUUCACUUGUCUCCGCCGUCGUCGUAUAGCCGCCACCGUUACUACUAUUUCUAUUUGAAUUAUUACAACUUACAUUAAUACUAUUACUAAUACUACUACUACUAUAUACUAUCGUAUACUAUAACUACUACCGCUGUCGACGAAGUUUGCUGCCAUGUAUUUGCUAAUCAACACGCUAUUCAAUCAGGUUCAAUUCAAUCACAUUUACGUAGAGGGCAGUAUACUCCUUGUACUUCUGUGGAUAUUAUUUAAAAAAACAACAAGUUCCUCAAAUAUAAAAAGGGCCGAAUCGUCAGAAAACUUGGACGUUGAGCAAAAGAUUAAAUUGUGGAAUCCAAAACCUAUGGUUAAUACAACUUCUUUGUCUGCGUUGCCAAUGGAAAACUAUGUCAUUGAUGGCAAGACUGGGCAUUAUAUCACAAUUAAUGGCCAACCGUGUAUAAAUUUUGCAACCCACAACUAUUUUAAUUUCAUCACCGACAAUUCUAUUGAAAACAAUGUAAUAGAUGCGGUGAAUAAAUACGGCAUUGGUUCUUGCGGACCUAGAGCAUUUUACGGCACAUUUGAUAUACACAUUGAACUAGAGGAGAAGCUCGCUAAAUUUAUGGGAAUGGAAGAAGCUGUUAUAUACUCGUAUGGAUUCUGUACGGUGACUAGCGCCAUUCAAGCAUACGUCAAGUCUAGAGAUAUUGUAUAUGUGGACGAAGAAGUGAACUUUGCAAUACAAAAAGGUCUACAAUCUUCUAAAGCAGAACUGGUAUACUUCAAACACAACAGCCCAGAAGACUUGGAACGGUUGAUCUUGGAAAAAAAUUCAACCAAGAGAAGAAGAAACAGAAGAGCGUUUCUAAUUGUCGAAGGAAUUUAUAUGAAUACUGGAAAUAUUUGCAAUUUACCAAAAUUUAUUGACAUCCGAAUAAAACAUAAGAUCCGUAUAUUCAUUGACGAAACCAUAUCAUUCGGCGUUCUUGGUGAAAAAGGUCGUGGAAUUACAGAACACUUCAAUAUACCAAAAGACGAAGUCGACCUUAUCAUUGGAAGUCUAGAAACAUCCUUGUCGUCAGUUGGUGGUUUUUGCGUAGGUUCAACAUUUGUUGUCGAACAUCAGAGGCUAUCUGGUCUUGGCUACUGUUUUGCAUCGCUACCACCACUACUAUCAGCGGCUGCUAUUAAAGCUUUAGACCAAAGAAAACAUCCUGAAAUGUGUAAACUGCGAGAAAGGAGCACAAGUCUACACAGAAGCAUUCACAAAAGCCAGCUGACCAAGAGGAAAACCCCUAAAUUCUAA